AUGUCAUCAUUCCAGUGUCCUUCAUGCGGCAAAGGCGGUUUCAAGAACGACGUCGCUGUUGCUCGUCACAUGAGCCAACCUCGCUCUGGGUGCAGUACGUGGCUGCAGGAUUUGGUAUGCUUGCGCUCCGAGCCUGAUGACUCUCGUAUGGACUCGGAUGAUGAACCGAAUAUUUCCAUGGAUAUGGACGAUGGACCGAAUAUACCCGACAUCGAGUCUGGUGGUUUUGGGGAUUGGGAUCAGAUGUCUCGAGGGAGUACUGGUGGUAGUGAGAGCCAGGGAAUGCCAACUCACAACUCGGAAGUUAUCGACUCAUAUCCUGACUGCGCUCAAACAUACGGCAAUGGCUACACGUUCCUCGAUCUAUUCAAUUCCGACAGUAACAGCAAACACCGUGCAACGAAUCCGUAUUACCCAUUCAGCAGCCGGAAAGACUGGGAAGUUGGGUCGUGGCUCCUUCGCUCAGGAUUGAGCAUGGGGAAGAUAGACAGUUUUCUUUCACUCGAGCUGAUAAAGACCCUUCCGUUGUCGUUCCUGUCGGCCAAGGAACUCCGCGGUAGAGCGGAAAUGUUGCCCAGCGGUCCGUGCUGGAUGUCUCAAAUCAUACCUACAAAAUAUCCUACGAAAUUGCCCGUUGUGUUGUAUUGGCGCGAUCCCCUGGAUUGUAUUUCAAGCCUUCUCAACCAUCCUGCCUUUCAUGAUCAGCUGGACUUUACGCCUCGCAGGGUGUAUACCACUGCACAGAGGUUGUGUCGCGUGUACUCGGAAUGGGCGACAGGUGAUGACGCGUGGAAUAUGCAGUCAGCCCUACCAAAAGGUGCAACACUCCUCGGGACCAUCUUAUCAUCUGACAAGACGAAUGUAUCGACCAUGACGGGCGACAGAGUUGCACAUCCCCUUCUCGUUAGCCUUGCUAACAUACGCAUGUCUACCCGACUCAAAUCGUCUUCGAAUGCCUUUGUCCUUACUGCUCUACUCCCCGUCCCAAAAUUCAUCUACAAGAAGAAACGCAUGCGAGGUGUACUUGAGGAUCGCCUCAUUCACGAAUGCUUGGAUAUAGUUCUACGUCCACUCAAGGUAGCCGCCCGCGAAGGGGUCAUGCUGUCAGAUCCUGUCGGACACACAACUACACUCUCCCAGCUGGCUACUGCACGGAGUAAAGCACAGAAGUUUCGUCUGAAUGGCGUCAACACACCAUUCUGGCUGGAUUGGCCCCUCAGUGAUCCAUCACACUUUCUUACUCCCGAGUUUCUUCACCUCAUCCAUCGUGAGUUCUACGACCACGAUGCAAAGUGGCUCAUUUGCGCAGUCGGUGACACAGAGAUCGAUUUUCGGUUCUCUGUGUUGCAGGUCAUCACUGGGUUCCGUCAUUUUCAUGGCGGGAUUUCAAAACUUAAACAGGUUACAGGACGCGCUCAACGCGACAUCCAGCGCUCAAUUGUUGCGGUCAGCGCGGACGCAGUACCUAGCACCGUGAUGACUGCUGUACGAGCUCUCAUGGACUUUCGGUACCUCAUACAGUCACCCGUAAUCAAUGACAUCCAACUCACCCGUAUUUCCACGGCCCUUGAAGAAUUUCACGCCAACAAAGAUGCAAUUAUAGACGGCGGAUUUCGUCGUGGUCAGCGUGGUGGAGUCAUUGAGAACUGGUACAUACCAAAGCUAGAGCUCAUGCAGUCCAUAGUUCCGAGCAUAAGGAACACUGGAGUUCCUCUGCAAUGGACCGCCGACACCACCGAACAUGCGCACAUAACGGAAAUCAAGGAUCCUGCUCGCUCCAGCAACAACAACAACUACGAUCCCCAGAUAUGUCGCCAUCUUGACCGUACUGAUAAAUGCCGCCGCUUUGACCUCGCUAUGAGUCUGCUCAACAAUAUGACAGACUCGAAGUGGCAGGGUUCAGAUGACGUUGGCGAUGUCAACGACAACAUUGAUCUUGAUGCAGACCAUGAUCACGAUGAUGGCGAUGUUGAUUUCGAUGCAGAUGUCGAUCAUGAUGUCCCAGACCUUCUGGCGAUGAGCAAAUACCCUGGGCAUCCACGUCCGACCACUAAUUACUUCGAAAUUGCCAAGGUCCUUCGGCACAGGGAAGCGGGAACAGUCCCUGUGCCAUUGCGCUCAUUUGUUAUUGAACGCACAGCGUUCCACCUCGCCUAUGACCCAUCCAUCAGAAAUAUAUCUGUUGACGAUGCUGCCAUUAAGUUUGGCCUUCCCAACUUACGACCAGCCAUUGCCGACUUUCUUCGUCGUGAGGAUACUCACGGGAGGGAUCACAUCCAUACUAUUGGGGGGGCUAGAAGAGCUGGACCCACUACUCCACUUCCCUUUGACAAACUACAAGUCUGGUUUAAGCUUCGGCUUCAGGACACUGAUGUUCACGAUAUCAGCAUCAUACGGCCUGCACAGACCCUCAACUGCGCACCCCCUUCUGAUCCCUGGACCUCUGGCCGGUAUGACACAGUCAUCAUCAAUAACGAGGCGAGAUGUUCAUGGCCCGCAGAUGGUCUUCACGGUAUGUUAUUCUUACAUUGUACUGAAUAUUUACUUAUUGUUAAGUCGCUUCUCAUGCGUCCUGUUGGAAAGAGUGGCGCAAAUUGGUCAUGGAAGGACCGCUUUCUGGUAUAUGUACAUCGUUUUGACAUUGUUCCCCAAAGCUCCGGUACCAAUGAUCGUGAGCCAAGUACGCAGCUCCACUUGCUCAAACGAGCGAAGCGUUCAAAUGGUACUCGGGUGGGUGACAUCAUCCCUGUGACACAGCUCAGAGCACUUGUCAACCUCGUCCCUUGCUUCGGUGCAAGUGCGGACAACCGCCUCACCCCAUAUAAUAGCAUGGAACAUGCUUCGCAGUUUUGGCUCAACAAGUAUUGGGACAAGAACUCAUAUUUUCCUCUUUCCAUGUAA